UUUUGGUCAGGCAGUGUUUUAGACAGUAGACGCAGGGGUCCUCACGGGAGCAGCGCGUGUGACGCACACUGCGCAGGAGCUGCUGUGAAGAGCUCUGUGUCCGCUAUCGGACAGGCCUGGCACAUCAAGGCUCUCACUCUUGUUUCACUCAUCGUUUGCAGCACUAUGGCGUUUAACUUCGGUCAGGCGGGCACUGGAGGUUUCAACUUUGGAGCCCCUAAAACUACAGCUGCAGGCACCACAGGCUUCGGGCUGCAGACCAGCGCUCCUGCGGGAGGGGCCUUAUCUUUCGGGGCCAGCCAACCCCAGACUCAGACCUUUGGGAACCCGUCGUCUCAGAUCGCAGGACUUCUCGCUCAGCCGAUGCAGAAUAAUGGAAGCAUGCAAGCUGGAUUCAGCUUCGGAGCCCAGACUCAGAGCACCGCCUCAAGUGGAGGCUUCUCUUUUGGUGCCUCCCUUCCAAAACUCAGCGCACCUGCAGCAUCUCAGCCUGCGACCACAAGUGUGACUCUGGGGGCUUCAGCUGCUGGGGCGGGCUUCAGUUUCGGAGGUCUCACCGCUCAGACUACUGCAACCCAGCAGCCUUUGGGGGGAUUCGGCUUUGGGACGCCCAAAGUUCAAGCAUCCUCAGCUGCCCCGGCACAGCCCACCCCUGCGCUCUCACUAGGGGCUCAACCCACAGGUCUGACUCUUGGAGCUUCUACUGCUGCCUCCACAGCCCCAACAGCUGCAUUUAACUUUGGGAUUAAAACUUCAGCCACCCCAGCUCCUAUCAGCUCUGCACAGAGUCAGUCCAUGACAGCUCCAGUGUCCUCUCUGUUUGCUGCUCCUAUAGCCUCAACACCAGCCACAGGAUUCACAUUGGGCUCCUCGAUGGCCUCGGUGGCUCCUGUGGUGAGCUUAGCAUCCAACGCUCCCACAAGCCUGUCCCUGAAACCUCUAGGAGCCGCCGCUCCUGCUAUAAGCACAGUAGCUGCUGUUAGCACUGGAGCUACUACUGGCUUUUCUCUGGGACUGAAGACUGUAGCAUCUAUUGCACCAGCCAUCACCACCUCAACUGCCAUCGUCACAACCAGCACUGCUCCAGUGAUGCCAUACGCUCAGCUGGAGGCUUUGAUUAACAAGUGGAGCUCAGAACUAGAAGACCAAGAGCGACACUUUCUUCAGCAGGCCACUCAGGUCAAUGCCUGGGACCGUAUGCUGGUGGAGAAUGGAGAGAAGAUAACUGCUUUACAUAAAGAUAUGGAAAAAGUCAAACUGGACCAACGAAGGUUGGAUCAAGAACUGGACUUCAUCCUGUCCCAGCAGAAAGAGCUGGAGGAUCUUCUUGGUCCAUUAGAGGAGUCUGUGAAAGAACAAAGCGGAACCAUUUACAUGCAGAACGCAGACGAAGAGCGAGAACGAACGUACAAGUUGGCAGAAAAUGUGGAUGCUCAACUCAAGAGAAUGUCCCAUGAUCUGAAAGAGAUUAUUGAACACCUCAACACCUCCAGCGGACCUGCUGACACCACUGACCCGCUUCAGCAGAUCUGCAAAAUCCUCAAUGCACAUAUGGACUCCCUGCAGUGGGUGGAACAAAACUCUGUUUUACUCCACAGGCGAGUGGACGAGGUCUCAAAGCUGUGUGAAAGCCGCAGCAAGGAACAAGAGAAGAGCUUUCGUUUAAACUUCCAGUGAUCACGCAGCUCUCUUUUUUUCCUCAGUCAGUUGUAAAUGAAUGUCAUUGUUUUUAUUUGCUUCAAAAUAAAAUAAUU